AUGACCAACGAUCGAUCAACUAUAUACCGACCUCAUUUCUUCUCGACCCUCAUCCCAAAUAUUCUCGUCAGCUGUCUACGCUACCGCACUGUUCCGUCCGACCUGUUAGAUGACAAUGAGUACCACUCCCGUCAACCCGUUACCCACAUUCGCCCCUCCUCCAUCACAUCUUCUCAGCUCCCCACAUAA